AUGAGAUUCAAUCACCACGCCGACGCAAGCAAGAAAGGCCGAGGGGGCAAGCGACGAGUUGAUGCAAUGAGCAUCAUCAAUCUCUUGAACGGUACACCCACCCCGGCAGGCAACCGCCGCUACCCGCCGAGAGACAAGUACGAUCAAGAAGAAGGCAUCUUCAUCUGGUACAACCGCAUUGACCUGGGUCUCUCCUGGAACCGGGUGCAAGAGAACUUCAAGCGCCAAUUCCACAAACAGAGAGGAAAGGCCGGACUCCAAUGCAAGUACUACCGGGUUCUCACCGAGAACCACGUCCAAAAAGUCCGAGACCAAGGCCCGCGGGCCCUUCGCCGACCUUAUGAUGUGGCAGCCUGGGGUGUGAUCGCUCAAACGUCAAUUCGAUACCCAUGGAUGCUACCUUACCACCAACUUAUGCCAAAGAUGAUGAAAUGCAAGCUCUAA